CAUUCAAAGACAUGGAAAAUUACUAAAUGAUGGCGCUAAACUUUUAGCGAAUUUAUUGAAGUAGAUUCUUGUUAAGGUUACCAAAACGAGUGUUCCUUUCGUGGAGCUGUUGUGUUUGUCAUCCUGUCACUGUGGUUUGGUUUGGUAACUAAAGUUUUGAAGGAUUAAAAGGAUCCUUGCAUGUACCACACAGCAAAACACGAAGGAAGCGACGAGAAACUUCAUCGAGUUAUCUGAAUGAUUAGACAACAUUUAAGGACAACUUCGAGUUUUGAUGCAAGUUCAAGAAUACAUCUGAAUUUCUUUUGCAAGGGUGCUGAUCGAUCUCUAGAUAUCUCAUGUGCCGAUAAUAGUUGUUUGUCUUCAUAAAUUUACGAAAUCACGGAGUAAUUUUGGAAUUGUAUGCAUAAUAGAUUUCACCAUGACUACAUCGAAGGACAGCAAACCGGAGAGUCCAAGGCUUGAUGACUUCUCAGAAAAUAUUAAUCGAGCAAAGCAAGAAAUGGUUUUGCGUUUUGUCAAAGAUCAAGAGGCUCUUCAAACUUCGCAAGUGGAUUUGAAAAUCGUUGACGAUGAAAUCUUAGACUUAAUAGAUUCAGCGCUUGUUGUCAAGGGAUCUGGGGAGGAAAGCAAACUAACAGUCUCAGACGAAAGUCCAAAGCUUGAUAAAUCUAGCCAUCGACCCGUGUCUAGAGAAGUAUCUUCCUUACAUUCGGACGUCGAUAACUUGAGUAAUCUUCCAGAGGCCGUCAUUGUGCCUCGGCCACCGUCAGGUCGCCCCCGCACACGAAGUACAAGCAGUCGGAAAAGAUCGGUAUCGAGCUUACGACGACAAUAUUCGGUGGAUUCUUUUUACUCUGGUAAGGACGUUUCAUCAAAAGAAGAUACAAAUGAGCCUAGCAGCUCGCGUGAUUUUAUGCUGCAUAGCUCCACGGAAAGAACAGAGUUAAAUUCCUCUCCUACCAGUGAAGAGGGAGCUAGUUCAGGAGGUAACUUGAACGCAUCGUGGCCUCAGCAGUGUCUCUCUAGAAAACUGUUCGUCCCGUUUCGAGAUCAUUCGGUUUACGCCACCAAAGAAACUCCGUAUCACUACAAUGCUCCUUUGGAAAACUUUUCCGGAAUCGAUAAUCACCCGGAAGCUUUCCGACCUCGAUCGAGUCAAACUUUUCAACGUGUGCGGCCAGCAGAGAUCAUUUCCGCCAGAAUAUCAUCGGCCAGCGAAUGUGAGCGGAUCAGUUGUGACCCGUCCUCACUUGCAAACCCUCUAUCUUACGCUAAAAAUGUACGUAAAGGCUCAAGACGAAGGACUUACAUCAAUUUCAGCAGACUGGACGCUCAAUUAGCGUUUGAUGGGCCAUUGGAGCUGGAACCAGUGCACCCGUCUGAGUUACCGCUUUACAGAAGUAACUCGGCGGCGUCCUCCACAGCGCCCUACACCAUGGUGCACGUCCCUCCCAUUGGACGAGAAGGGCCUGCUCCUUCCAGCAGCUAAAGUGGAUCAAGUGAAACACACGCUGUCUAGCAGGAGUUUUGAUGCUUGGAGACGUUGCCUCCAUUUUACAUGCAAAACUCUGCUUAUCAGUAUCGCAAUACAGAUACUGUGAUGAGAGAAUUCAUGAUGCUCGUCAGUAAAUGACACGAGUCUUCUCGAAGAAGAAGGCUUUCUUGAAUUUUAACUUAACUGUCUUUACUUCUUAUGGAACAAUGUGAUCUUUGUGCAUCAUUUUGUUCAUGCGUAUUUAUUUUGAAUCACGUAAAUGACAAUUUCACUCUUUCUAAAAAAGUCAAAACUUUCAGGAAAGCGAAUUCACCACACAUAUAAUUUUUCUUUCAUUUUUUUUUUGAAAGCUGAUAUAUUGUUUUAACGUCGUAGACCAAAGAACUGUUUUAGAGUUGUAAAUAGCUCAGUUAAGAUCACAUUAAUUUGCCUAUUAUCAAGGUGUGGCUACCUCUAAAGAACUUGUAGAAAUAUGUACAACUCUUCCCGUCCAAAGCUCCUUUUUGACGAAAAUGUCAUCCCGAGGAAAUUUCGACAGGCAUUUGAAAUUUUAUACUGAUAACCAGCAUGUAAGUGAAUGAUAUUUGUAAGAACUGAUAUUGAUAUUUAUAACUUACAAAUCUGUGAGAUUAAAAAAAUU